AUGCUGGGGAAGGACUACAUGCUGGCGAUCAUCAUCGUUAACUAUGACGACAAUCUGUGGAAUGACCAAGCCCUGGAGAUAGACCCAGACCUCCCCCCAGGCUGGAGAACGAUUCGGGACACAAGCGGGACAUAUUAUUGGCAUGUACCAACUGGCACUACUCAAUGGCAGCACCCAGCAUGCACAUCCGAUGUCAGCCUGGACUCUGGGAAGUUGUCGACUGCCCUGUCACCAACCCUGGAGCACGAGGUGAGAGAUAAAGACGGGAAAGCUCAAAGGACUGGUUUCUCAAUUCAAAAUGAUUUGUUCCUCAGAAACACUUCCCUCUUUUGCAGAACGGAACUCCCUUGGCAAGACAGCAGCCUCCAGCCCAGCACCAAUCCAGAUUCCAAGUGUUUCGCAGUGAGGUCCCUGGGAUGGGUGGAGAUACCUGAAGAGGACUUGACUCCAGGGAAAAGCAGCAUUGCUGUGAAUAACUGCAUCCAGCAGCUCUCCUACAGUAAAUCAGAGGGAAGGCAGAGUGGACUAACCUGGGGAGAGGGUCAGGAUAUGGUGAUGGUGCUGAAGAAGGACAUGCUGAGCCUGGUCGAUCCUGUCGAUCACAGUUUGAUUCAUUCCCAACCGAUUAUCAACAUUCGAGUUUGGGGAGUGGGCUGUAACAAUGGUAGAGACAGAGACUUUGCCUAUGUUGCCAGUGACAAGGAUACGUGUAUGUUGAAGUGCCACGUUUUUCACUGCAACACUCCUGCCAAAGCCAUCGCCACUGCCCUUCAUCAGAUGUGCUCCCAGAUCAUGGCAGAGCGAGCAAUUAACAGUGGCUCAUCGGACGUUCCGGGAAUGGAGGACAGCAUCUCCCCCGUGGACCUGCCUCUACAAGUUGACCUCCUGGAGACGGUGAGACAAUCCAUGCAGAGGUUUAAUGUCCAAUACAUUGGCUGCCUCCCUGUGACCAACUCAAUGGGAAUGAAGCUGGUGAACGGAGUGAUAAAGAGUCUGUUGGAUUCAGUGGACAGAUGUGACUGGCCUUCAGUUCUCCUCCAGGUUACAGAUACCACGCUGUCCGUGUCUAAGGGGGAGGAUAGCAGGGAGCCAUGUUGGCAGUGCCGGCUCCGGUACCUGACCUUCCUGGGCAUUGGGAAGGACCCUCACACCUUUGGCCUCAUUGUGGACACAGGUCUCCAGAACUUCGAGUGCCACGUUUUCUGGUGUGAGCCUGACGCCGGCUACAUCUCUGAGGCCAUUCAGGCUGCUUGUAUGCUACAAUACCAGAAGUGUUUGGUGGCUGCAGCUCCCUCAGUGAGAUCAAAGAGGGCCACCCACUCACAGUCGCCCCCCUCAGGCCUGAAGAAGCACUUGUCUUCCCCGAUGACUGACAGCGUGGGUCCUGCACCUCGGCGCCUCCUCUCCGCCCCCAAGUUCACCAGCGGCUCCAAUCUGAAACGUGGCGUCCUGGCCCUGCUGGACACUUUCAAACACAAGCACUCGGUAUUGCAAAUGCCGUAG